CCUAAAGAUACAGUCGCAUGUUCUGUUGUGCGGAUGCUGGGAGGACGUCACUCUUCUGCAAGUUUCUAGUCUCAACACAAGGUCAAUAUGACAGUCAACAUCGCCGGGAUAAUAUCCGUCAUCAUCUUCUACCUCGUCAUCAUCGUCGUAGGCGUCGUUGCUGGGAGGGUGAAAAAAACCACGACAAUCGUUGGGAUCUUAUUGGCUGAUCGAAACAUGGGUGCUGUCCUAUCUUUCUUCACGCUAACAGCCACAUGGGUCGGAGGCGGCUUCAUCAAUGGGACUGCAGAAAUUGUUGCCAACAGAGGAUUUGCUUGGAUGCAGGCCCCUAUUGGCUACUCACUGUCUCUCAUCAUUGGUGGUAUUCUCUUUUGUCCUCGUCUACGUCGCGACAACUGCAUCACAAUGUUUGACCCCUUCCAAGAGCGAUACGGCAGGCUCAUGGGUGCUCUCAUGUGCAUACCGCAAUUUAUUGGAGAUCUCUUCUGGACAGCCGCGAUUUUGUCCGCACUCGGUUCCAGUGUGGCUCUCAUCCUUGGCCUGAAUGAAACGCUGUCCAUCAUUAUUUCUGCCAUCAUCAGCAUAUGUUACACCUUUGUGGGAGGCAUAUGGUCUGUCGCCUACACAGACAUUGUGCAGCUGAUCUGCUUAACUGUAGGACUGGUGCUAGCAGCCCCUUUCAUUGCGACCAACCAUGCUGUUGACUUACAAAGGAUCCAGGGAACGUGGUUAGGGGAAGUAACACUGCAACAGUCAGGAUACUUUCUCGACAAAUAUGGCCUUCUAAUAUUUGGGGGAACAACGUGGCAGGAGAUAUAUCAACGAACUUUGGCCUGCCGUACAACAAGACAAUCUUUGGCAUCAUCAGUUGUUGCAGGCAUCAUGUGUCUUCUUCUUAGCAUACCACCUGCUAUCAUUGGCUUCGCAGGAUCAGCUGCAGAUUGGAAUCAGACUGGUUACACGGGUGAAAUUCCAAUUCCCGAGGAACACAUGCACUUUAUCCUGCCCAUGGCGCUGCAGUAUCUCUGUCCCGUUGCUGUAUCCAUCGUGGGACUGGGCGCAGUCUCAGCAGCCGUCAUGUCAUCCACAGACUCUAGCACACUCUCCACAGCUUCAGUCUUUACCAAGAACAUUUACAGCAGCAUCAUCAGAACAAACGCCUCGGAUCGGGAAAUGGUGGUUGUGAUGAGAGUGACUGUCAUUGUUGCUGGCGCACUUGCUGCCACCAUAGCCAUCUUCGUAAAGAGUGUGUAUGAACUUUUCACACUUUGCUCUGACCUGAUGUACGUGAUUCUCUUCCCACAGUUCAUCUGCGUUCUCUUCGUAAGCAGCUGCAAUACGUACGGCUCCUUUGUAGGGUUUGUGGUGGCCUUCAUCCUGAGAGUAUGUAGUGGAGUAAAGCUGUUCCACUUCCCUGCUGUCAUACGCUAUCCCUUCUACAACCACACUGAUGGCCAGCAAUAUGGAGGGCGACAUGAGGACGACCUAGUUGUUUCCUACAAAGAGACUCCUGACGUCCCUCGAUGGAUCCGAAGAGUUGCCGUACUUCUCCUAAUUCCCAUCCUGGAAGUCCAAGAUGCCUGGUUACAUGCCAUGAACUACUCAUGA